AUGAAUCACAGUACUAAUACAAAGAAUGAUGAUAUUACAUAUUUCGAUGAACUCUUUGAUGUGGAUCUUGAUAUCGAUUUCGAGACAGCGUAUAACAUGAUUUCAGGUGAUGUUCUGCCUGCAGCAGGCCAAGAACCAAUACAUGGUACAGAAGGCUCGCAAUUUGUGACAAAAGAGGAUCUUGGAGAUUGGGCAGGAUGCUCACAAGAUCGUGAAUCACACAGUUUGGUUGAUGAUAUGCGCUUUGUAGGGUCGUUUCCGCCUGGUUUACUAAGUGUAGACGAGUCAUACGCGAUUGAGAACUUCCUAGACAGCCUUAUACCUUCUUCUAGCGGUACAAUGCUUCAGAAUCCUCCUUCCACUUCUCCAUUCACCAUCACUACCACAAAUGGAAAUUCUGACUCGUUCAGCAGGCUGCGAGCCCAGGCUCAACAGGAUAUAUUAGAAAGUGGAAACUAUCACCCGAAGCCUGUCGCCCUUACCGAAAUCAGUGUUCCAGAAAAUUUAAUACCAACUGAAAUUCGAUCCAGUAAAGCAAAACUACGCCGGUGGAAACAUGUGUAUUGCGAAAAGCAACGGCGACUGAUGUUUAAGCAAGCAUUUGAUGAAUUAAUUGCAAUGGUGAGAUUUCCGCGACCUGCGGAAUGUGACAUCGUGAAAUUACAUGAAAUCAAGAAUGGUAGAAGGAUCAGGGACAAAAAUAUGCGAGAACCUGGGGAUGGAAAACGUAUACCAAAGCAUAUGUUACUAAAGUAUAUCGUAGAAGACAUUGAACUUCUAAUUCUAGCAAAUAAGGAGCUUGAAAAAUUGAUCCUGACUCCACCAACGAAAAUAUGA